UUAACCACUUCCCGUCUGGCCGUUGUAUAUAAAUGGCCGGGCUGGACAGUGGCAGUGCAGGGCGGGUGGCCAUUUAUAAAUGGCAUCCCCACCCCCUGCUUGUGCGCACUCCCUGGGAGCAUGCAGCACCGCGAUCCGGUGUCCGCUGUGUCCUCCAAUCGUCGUACCGGACCUCUGUGCGAGGUCCCGAUCAGUGAUCACUACGUGAGAAAUCUGUGAAUGAUCACAGAGGUCACAUGGUACAAGGCUAUUCACAACUGCCUUGUACCAUGUGACAAGCUGUGACCAAUCACAGCUCACACAGUA